UGAUCCCCAAACACUCUUCGCCGGAUGUAGAACUCACAUGUUAUUUUUUUUACAGAAGCAAGAUAGUUUUGCUAGAUUUGCUGGAGAAAUCUUAACGUUUACUCACAUGUUUGUUAUUUAAAAAGUAAAGUGCAUAUCAACAUGUCGGCAUCAAUGAUUCGGAGGGGACUGGAGUUGCUAAGCGAUGACAUAAAAGUGUCAGAUGGUAGCAAGAAGCAGAAGAGCGCUGCCAAGAAGAAGCACACACCGAGCAAGGUUGAGUUGAUGGGCCUGGUGAGCACCAACCGUCAGGGCGUCAGCAGGCAGGUCCGGCGGCUGCAGGGGCGUCUCGGUCCGGGGAAGAGCAAGGCCACCGUCAAAGACAAGAGGAUCAAGUCUGCUGUGGAGGAGUUCAGGAAGAAGCAGGGGAAGAGCCAUCUGAGCUCCAACCUGCUGUACUUCCUGGGGACGGGCUUCAGAGCUACAGACUCCGACACUAUGAAGAUCGUCAACCAGAAUUCGGGCCGGCAGUCUCGCCACCGUCCGGACCGCACGGUCAAGAAAGCCUCCGGGGAGAAGUCUGUGUUCACAGAGGAUGAGUUCCAACAGUUCCAGAAGGAAUACUUUGGCAGAACUGUGGAGGAGGGUAACUAGACAGAUUCUAGUUCCAGAGACUUAAGGCUGCAUUCCAAUUCCAGAGGUGUGCGCUUCACACUCCUUGCCAUGGAUUGCUAAUUUCACCAUUGUUAAAGGUCCAAUGCAGCUGUAUUUCAAUAUCGACUAUUUUAUGGGUAACAAUUAAGUAUCUUACUGUGAUUGUUAAUUUUUGACCGUGUUAUUUAAAAAGAAAAACACCUUCUUUGCAAAGAGCAAUUUCUCAAACAAUUAUCUUCCCAUGCCUGUCUGGGAGUGGUCUGAGUGGGGAGGGAGAAAACUAGCUGUUAUUGGCAGAGAGGUUGGAACUCUCUUAUUUACCUCCUGGUUAUGUCACCAGGCAGGCCAAAACUCCACCUCACCAAAACAGGCUGACAUUUUAGGCAGUCUUUUCAAACAGCUUACUCUAACAGGGCA